CUGUGCAUAGCCAUAACUGUCGUCCGGCACUCACUGGCUUCCAGGUGCCCCGAGUCUGUAACUACAACUAUGUCGGCGCGGAUUAGAAAUCGAAACUCGGUACACCCACCACAGACCCUGAACCUAACCAAAUCCCUAAUUUACCUAAUUUCCAAACCCUAAUACUGUAGCGCGCAUUACGAUUAUCUUUCCGGUUUCUUCUAGUUACCACGCCUAAACCACGCACGUCAGACUGUAGGCAUCAGGCUUCUGCGAGUUCUCUUUGCGCCCUCCGCCCGGAAGAAGCCAGUCACAGCCUGAGAGAAACAUGGGGUACAGUGUAGCCUGGACAUUUGCGUACUUCUAAUAAACUGACAAACGGUCUUGAUCGUGGCUUCCAAGUCAGAAGUUCGCGAGGAUGCAUCUCUUCAGGAAAAUGACCCGUUAAAUGAGAUUACUGAGACUGACUGAUGAAGUUAAAGAUCUAGGUAAGGGAGGACGUGGUGGUCUUCUGGAAAGAAAAGAGUAACAAUUAUACAAGUUGAUCCAGCGGUGAAUUUGAUUCAACCUUGAUAAUUACAGCGACUAAAAAUCCCAGCGUCUUCAGUUCAUUUCGUUUUUUUCCUGAUACUUUUUUUUACAUUUGUGUUGCGGCUGUCAGAUUUUCAGGAGUUGUUUCUGGGGGAAACUGCUUGUCGAGAACGACGAUCUUUCUUAUUAGAUCCGACAAGAUAAGUGAAGUAAGUCAGCGGGGAUAACGCAUCAAUCCCACGUACAAUUUUUUUAAAUGCUUACUUUUUAAUAUCGCUUUAAACUUUUCGUAAAUCUGAUUAGAAUGCCUGAUCAAAAUCCCAGUUUACCCGGAAGAGCUCUCCAAAAAACUUGCACACUUGUGGUGUUCCUUUGCGCUGUCCAUCUCUCGGUCACCCUUCUCUAUUAUUUAAAUACUUUAGACGUCUUUCGUAACUCGUUUGCCCAAAACCAGCAGCAGAACACCUAUAGCACCUCAGCUCUAAGCCGUUCUGAAGCGACCUUAACGUCAAACCUUUCUGAACGACAACCUCCUGGAGCAAGGUCGCCAACAGUGAAAGCCAAAGACCUUGAGCAAUGUCCCGAAACUUCACCUCUUCUAGUGGGUCCCUUGAGAAUAGAGUUUUCUCAGCCCGUGGGCUUGAAACAGAUCGAGUUAGAAAACCCCGAGCUCAGAGAUGGUGGCCGAUACAUGCCAAAGGACUGCGUAGCCCGGCAGAAAGUGGCCUUUAUUAUUCCAUUCCGCAAGCGUGAAGAGCACCUGAAGUUCUGGUUGUACUACCUGCAUCCCAUUCUCCAGAGGCAGCAGCUCGACUACGGGGUGUAUGUGAUAAACCAGAUAUUUCUUGAGCACAGUAUUUGCAGAGGGCUUGGCUGGUAUGAUAAAAAUCUUGUCUGUAGCCAUGCGCGUUGCCUCUCAGAAGAGCUCAGACGACCGCGGUGUCAUCUGGGGCCUGUCCUGUGAUCGCUGAGCUGCUCGGGCACACCGGUAAUGUGGGUUUAAUCUUUCUCUGUGGCGAGAUCUGUUUAUCGAAGGUGUUUUGGCUCGUUCAUUUUCUCUGACUCUAAAUGGAGUUUGUA